ACAACGAAGAUCCUGGUAGGCCUUUGAAACAGAACGAAGAAAUUGGGAAAAGAGUAAACAAAAAUGACACACAACGAAGAAAGAGCACAUUGGGUUAAAGAAGGAGUCAUUGGACUCGGAGUUGGAGUUUUAUAUGGAGUUACAAAUGUCUGCGUUGGUCAUCCUUUUGAUACCAUUAAAACAAAAAUGCAAGCUCAAGCAGGAUUCGAGAAAUCUAAUAUGUUCCAGACUUUAGCCAAAACUCUUCGGACUCAGGGGGUUAUUGGUUUAUACAGAGGUUGUAUACCACCAUUAUGGGGAUCAGGAAUUUACAGAUCAUCACAGUUUGCUGUGUUUGAGGCGGUGUAUACAAGACUCGAUUCACCUCUAGGGAGAUCUGAAAUUCCAGGUACGGGAGCUUUGCAGUUGAGAGUUGUAGGUGCUGGUAUUAUUGCAUCAACAUCAAGAGCUAUAAUAGAAACCCCUUUAGAAUUUGCUAAGGUGAGAAGACAAACACAGCAGACAUGGCAUUUAAAGGAUGUUUACACGGGUUUUGGAGUUACUUGGGUUAGAACUAUUGGACUUAUGACAACCUACUUCAUACUAGUUGAUUCUGGCAGACGACACUUUCCUGAUCAGUUUAAGAAACCUUUGAUUGGACCAUUUCUAACAAGUGGCAUUGCUGCCACACUAGCUUGGUGGAUUGUGUGGCCCUUAGAAUACAUGAAAUGUCAAAUACAAAGUAAUUAUGGAGAGAAAGUGUCAGUAAUACAGAAGAUGAGGAUAGUUAUAAAAGAAAGAGGUGGAUUCUUUGGACUGUAUAGAGGUCUGAUGCCUGGCACAAUCAGAAGUUUCUUAGCCAAUGGAACAAGUAUGGUGGUCAUGCAGUUUGCUCAAAGGAAAGUGACCGAAUUAGGGUUAAGGGAUUAAAGAUUUAGAAUUAUUCUGCAAGGUAAAAUUGUACAAGGUGUCAGUCAAUUAGUUUAGUCAGAGAUGCUUUAAAAGCAGAAAUUUUCGUUAAAUGGUUUGAAUUUAGUUUAAUAUUAUGGAUAGAUAGUAUCUUCAAAAUUUAACCUGCAACAAAAAUUUAUGGUAUAAAGAAUGUUACUUUCUUAUCAAAAACUUUAAAAAAUCGAUUUUACUGACAAAACUAUGAAGUUUUAACCCACUGGAAAUUAAAUGUUUUGAUAGUAUAAGCAAUAAAACUUGUCUUAGCUGUAUCCUAUAAAAGUGUUUGUUAGUGGUCUAGUUGAUGUAGUUGACAAUGCUGUAUGAUGAAUAUUUUCAUAAAAGGUCUAGGGAGAUAAAAAGGGCACAGGAUGUUUGCGCUUUUUUACCUGUAACACAAAAGGACAUUUGCACUCCAAACAUUAUGGACAUUUUCGCUUUAAACUUUGAUGCACCUGUACUAAAUGGAAAGGACAUUUGUGCUUUUAUCUUUAAAAUCUAAAUGAGGUUUAAUCAUUAAGAAAAUUUGUAUCAAGUUAUAUUUGAACCAUUCAUUGAUUUAAAAAUGGAAACUACAAUCCUCUUGUAUUAAUUCUAUUGCAUAGAAAGUCUGAGGAAAUAUAAUGUUAUAGUUUAUCUAAAAUUAUUUCAAUUUGUGGAGACUAAAGGCUAUUUCUAUGUAUUUGUACAUCCCUGGCUUUCAAAUAUUAAGGUUUGAAUGUAACUCCAGAAAAGUACUUCAGACACACCAAAUUCAUUAAGUGUUAUUUUUAUGCCCCCGUUGUAGCGAUGGGGGCAUGAAGUUUUACCCUAGUCCGUCUGUACCUACGUACCUCCGUACGUAUGUCCCAUUAUUGGUUUCUGUUCUCUAACUUGAGCUUGCCUCAACCAAAUGUUAUGAAACUUAUACACAAUGCUUAUUACCACAAAACACAGAUCAAGUUUGAAUUUUGGUGGCAUCACUAGAACCGUUCUAGAGCUAUGCCCCUUUAUAAAUGGAAAAGUUGCAAAAAAUUUUUAGUUUCCAUUCUCUAACUUAAGUUUGCCUCAACUAAAUGUUAUGAAACUUAUACACAACGCUUAUUACCACAAAACACAGAUCAAGUUUGAAUUUUGGUGGUGUCACUUUAACCGUUCUAGAGUUAUGCCCCUUUAUAAAUGGAAAAAUUGCAAAAUUUUUAGUUUCCGUUCUCUAACUUAAGUUUGCCUCAACCAAAUGUUAUGAAACUUAACCACAAAACACAGAGCAAGUUUGAAUUUUGGUGGCGUCACUUUAACCAUUCUAGUUUGUACAUUUGUACAAGUUUGUCAUCUAGUAUAUUGUAAUUAUAAGUCAAUUCAUUUUACUUAAUGUAUCACCUUUGGUUGUAAAAUUGACUAUUGAAAUGUAUAAGGAUCAUGUUGAAAGGCCUUAUGGUGACCUAUAUUUACUUACAUCUAUGUCAUUUGGUCUCUGGUGGAUAGUUGUCUCAGUGGCUAUCGUACCCCAUCUUCUUAUUUUCAAAUGGGACCAAAAAUUUUAAUAAAGCCAAAGUUUUAAUGUAGCUGUUUAAAUUACUAUUUGAAUGUAUUAGGAACAUUGAACAAACAAUUUAAUAAACCUAAUUUUUGUUUAAAUACAAUCAGAACAAAUACAUUCUCAAAUAUGUGGUCUAAAUCUAUUUAUUGUCCCCAUAGAUAUACCAGGCAUCUGUUUGUGUUUCUGUUCAUCUUGUAAGGACUCUUGCACAUGCAGUUCCUUCCAGAUUUCUGUGAACCUUAUAUCAGAGGUUUAUAUUUAAUAGCAGUGUCCAAGACAAAUUAAAAAAUCAGUGGGGAACAACUGUUUUAAAAGGAGUUAUUCGACCCUUGGAAUGUCUGCUCAUUCAUUCAUCUGAACCAAAAUAUAAAUAUUAGAGUUAUUGCCCCAUGACAUAUAAAAUAUUUGCAUGGGCAAGGGACAUUAAAAUGAUAUUGGACAUGUUAAGUUCCCAUUUUCAAUAAUUUGCUGAGAUUAACCAUGCUGUUUUGAAGAGCAUAGAACCACAAUGAUGUAAAAACUAUGGAGUAAUUAAAUGUUUGAAAAGAACUGAAAUUUCAGAUAAUUUCCUAGUAUGGAAAUAGGGAUUUUCACUUAGAGAAGGAGCAUCUCAAAUUACUCUUCAGGUGUUGCUAAAUUGGAGAAAACUGAAGCUCACGUGGUACCCCAAAAUUUGACCACAAAUGGGAAAAUGUCUCGGCUUUAAAACGAGCAUCAUAUAUAUCCAAUAGUAUUAUAUGGAUAGAGGAAUUUUUUAAGGCGCAUAAAAUGAAUUGCACUUACUGACCCAAAUGUGUCUAAAUGUUUACAUAGUAAUACAUUGUGAUCAUGAGGCAUUACAUUUGAAGCUAAAUUACCUUGAUUAAAUAUGACAAUCUUGGAUAAAGUAAAAAGUAAUUAUUUCAGUAUUAUGGUAAUUAUUACCUACAUUGCGUGCUUGUGCUAAUUAUACGACCGCAAAAAAAUUUUGCGGUCGUAUAUUGGUAUGACGUCGUCGUCCGAAGACACAUUGGUUUUCGCACUCUAACUUAAGUUUAAGUGAAUGGAUCCUUAUGAAAUUUUCCCAUAAGGUUCAAUACCACAAAAGGAAGGUUGGGAUUGAUUUUGGGGGUUAUGGUACCAACAGUUAAGGAAUUAGGGGCCAAAAAGUGGCCAAAAAUAAGCAUUUUCUAGUUUCCAGACAAUAACUGUGGAACGGUGUAUGGAUCUCUCUGAAAUUAUACUACAAGUUUCCAUACCACAAUGGGAUGGUUAGGAUUUGCUUUGGGGGGUUAUGGCUCAAACCGUUUAGGAAUUAGGGGCAAAAAAGGGGGAAAAACAAGGUUGUCCUGGUUAAUGGACAAAUACUUUAGUACAAAACAUAAUUUAAAGCAGUGUAAGGGAGAUAAAUCAAAUACAUCAUUGAAAUUAUCCCCCUUACACUGCUUUUAGAUUAUGUAUAAAGUAAUGGUUAAUGAACAAUAAAGAUAAUUUAAAACAGUGUAAGGGAGGUAAUCCAAAUACAACGUUUUGGUUACUUCCCUUACACUGCUUUUAAAUUAUGUUUAAAGAAAUGCAUAUUUAUGAAGGAAGACCAGUAAAAAUAUCUGCAAAUGUUGCAUCUUUUUUUUUUACAAAAAAAUCCAUAUGAAAGAUUUGACACUAUAUUUUUAAUUCUAUUAUAAAAUAGAUUAAGUUAGCACUAUGGUAAAUUUAAAUGGGUAAUUAUGGUUGCCAACUCCUUUGGAAAUUUGAAUUGAGAUUAUGACCAUAUCUUGAGGGAAAGAAUUUUUUGGGGGAAAAAAGGGGGGGGGGGAUAAAAAGAAAUUGUGGGGGGUCAAUUUUUUCUCAUUUCAGAUUUCAGAAAUUAAAAAGAAUUAUUCUUCAAAUAUUUUUUUUUUUUUCAAAUUUCAAAUAUUGAAAAAUUUUAAGAAGUAAUCUUUAAUUGCACAGUAUGGCGCAUUAGAUUUGUAAAAUCUUUGAUCACAUUUAUUUAUUUGUUAUGCCGAAUCUAACAGUGUAUUUAGAUUUUUAAUUUUGGGUCCAGUUUUCAAAUUGGUCUACAUUAAGGUCCAAAGGGUCCAAAAUUAAACUUUGUUUGAUUUUAGCAAAAAUUGAAUAUAUGAGGUUCUUGGAUAUGCUGAAUCUAAACAUGUAUUUAGAUUUUUAUACGACCGCAAAAAAAUUUUGUGGUUGUAUAUUGGUAUGACGUUGGCGUCGUCGUCGUCCGGCGUCGUCGUCGUCCGGCGUCGUCGUCCGAAUACAUAUUGGUUUUCGCACUCUAACUUUAGUUUAAGUGAAUGGAUCUUUUUGAAAUUUUACCAUAAGGUUAAAUACCACAAAAGGAAGGUUGGGAUUGAUUUUGGGGGUUAUGGUACCAACAGUUAAGGAAUUAGGGGCCAAAAAGGGGCCAAAAAUGAGCAUUUUCUAGUUUCCAGACAAUAACUGUGGAACGGUGUAUGGAUCUCUCUGAAAUUAUACUACAAGUUUCCAUACCACAAAGGGAUGGUUAGGAUUUGCUUUGGGGGGUUAUGGCUCAAACCGUUUAGGAAUUAGGGGCAAAAAAGGGGGAAAAACAAGGUUGUCCUGGUUAAUGGACAAAUACUUUAGUACAAAACAUAAUUUAAAGCAGUGUAAGGGAGAUAAAUCAAAUACAUCAUUGAAAUUAUCUCCCUUACACUGCUUUUAAAUUAUGUAUAAAGUAAUGGUUAAUGAACAAUAAAGAUAAUCUAAAACAGUGUAAGGGAGGUAAUCCAAAUACAACGUUUUGGUUACUUCCCUUACACUGCUUUUAAAUUAUGUUUAAAGAAAUGCAUAUUUAUAAAGGAAGACCAGUAAAAAUAUCUGCAAAUGUUUUCAUCUUUUUUUUUUACAAAAAAAUCCAUAUGAAAGAUUUGACACUAUAUUUUUAUUAAUUCUAUUAUAAAAUAGAUUAAGUUAGCACUAUGGUAAAUUUAAAUGGGUAAUUAUGGUUGCCAACUCCAUUGGAAAUUUGAAUUGAGAUUAUGACCAUAUCUUGAGGGAAAGAAUUUUUUGGGGGGAAAAAGGGGGGGGGGGGAUAAAAAGAAAUUGUGGGGGGCCAAUUUUUUCUCAUUUCAGAUUUCAGAAAUUAAAAAGAAUUAUUCUUCAAAUAUUUUUUUUUUUCAAAUUUCAAAUAUUGAAAAAUUUCAAGAAGUAAUCUUUAAUUGCACAGUAUGGCGCAUUAGAUUUGUAAAAUCUUUGAUCACAUUUAUUUAUUUGUUAUGCCGAAUCUAACAGUGUAUUUAGAUUUUUAAUUUUGGGUCCAGUUUUCAAAUUGCAUUAAUGUCCAAAGGGUCCAAAAUUAAACUUUGUUUGAUUUUAGCAAAAAUUGAAUAUAUGAGGUUCUUUGAUAUGCUGAAUCUAAACAUGUAUUUAGAUUUUUGAUUUUUGGCCCAGUUUUCAAGUUGGUCCAAAUUGGGGUCCAAAAUUAAACUUUGUUUGAUUUCAACAAAAAUUGAAUAUAUGGGGUUCUUUGAUAUGCUGAAUCUAACCAUGUAUUUAGAUUUUUUAUUUGUGGACCCUGUUAUCUAAUUGGUUCAUAUUGAGGUCAAAAGGGUCCAAAAUUAAACUUUGUUUGAUUUCAUCUAAAAUUGAAUUAUUGGGGUUCUUUGAUAUUCCAAAUCUAACCGUGUAUUUAGGUUUUUAAUUUUGGGUCCUGUUUUUUAAAUUGGUCUACAUUGAGGUCCAAAGGGUCCAAAAUUAAACUUAGUUUGAUUUUAACAAAAAUUGAAUUCUUGGGGUUCUUUGAUUUGCUGAAUCUAAACAUGUGUUUAGAUUUUUGAUUAUGGGCCCAGUUUUCAAGUUGGUCCAAGAUAGGGUCCAGUAUUUAAACUUUGUUUGAUUUCAACAAAAAUUGAAUAUAUGGGGUUCUUUGAUAUGCUGAAUCUAAACAUGUAUUUAGAUUUUUGAUUAUGGGCCCAGUUUUCAAGUUGGUCCAAAUUGGGGUCCAAAAUUAAACUUUGUUUGAUUUCAACAAAAAUUGAAUAUAUGAGGUUCUUUGAUAUGCUGAAUCUAACCAUGUAUUUAGAUUUUUUAUUUGUAGGCCCCGCUAUCAAAUUGGUUCAUAUUGAGGUCAAAAGGGUCCAAAAUUAAACUUUGUUUGAUUUCAUCAAAAAUUGAAUUAUUGGGGUUCUUUGAUAUUCCAAAUCUAACCGUGUAUUUAGAUUUUUAAUUUUAAGUCCCGUUUUUUAAAUUGGUCUACAUUAAGGUCCAAAGGGUCCAAAAUUAAACUUAGUUUGAUUUUAGCAAAAAUUGAAUUCUUGGGGUUCUUUGAUAUGCUGAAUCUAAACAUGUGUUUAGAUUUUUGAUUAUGGGCCCAGUUUUCAAGUUUGUCCAAGUUGGGGUCCAAAAUUAAACUUUGUUUGAUUUUAACAAAAAUUGAAUAUAUGGGGUUCUUUGAUAUGCUGAAUCUAACCAUGUAUUUUGAUUUUGGACAUUGGACCAUAAUAGGUAAAUUAAAAAAAUUCAAGUUCUUAGACCACAUUCUUUCUGUGUCAGAAAACUAUGCUGUGUCAAAUAUUUAAUAACAAUCCAAAUUCAGAGCUGUAUCAAGCUUGAAUGUUGUGUCCAUACUUGCCCUAACUGUUCAGGGUUCGACCUCUGCGGUCGUAUGAAGCUGCGCCCCAGCGAAGCAUUUUUUUGAUUUUUGGCCCAGUUUUCAAGUUGGUCCAAAUUGGGGUCCAAAAUUAAACUUUGUUUGAUUUCAACAAAAAUUGAAUAUAUGGGGUUCUUUGAUAUGCUGAAUCUAACCAUGUAUUUAGAUUUUUUAUUUGUGGACCCUGUUAUCUAAUUGGUUCAUAUUGAGGUCAAAAGGGUCCAAAAUUAAACUUUGUUUGAUUUCAUCUAAAAUUGAAUUAUUGGGGUUCUUUGAUAUUCCAAAUCUAACCGUGUAUUUAGGUUUUUAAUUUUGGGUCCUGUUUUUUAAAUUGGUCUACAUUGAGGUCCAAAGGGUCCAAAAUUAAACUUAGUUUGAUUUUGACAAAAAUUGAAUUCUUGGGGUUCUUUGAUUUGCUGAAUCUAAACAUGUGUUUAGAUUUUUGAUUAUGGGCCCAGUUUUCAAGUUGGUCCAAGAUAGGGUCCAGUAUUUAAACUUUGUUUGAUUUCAACAAAAAUUGAAUAUAUGGGGUUCUUUGAUAUGCUGAAUCUAAAUAUGUAUUUAGAUUUUUGAUUAUGGGCCCAGUUUUCAAGUUGGUCCAAAUUGGGGUCCAAAAUUAAACUUUGUUUGAUUUCAACAAAAAUUGAAUAUAUGAGGUUCUUUGAUAUGCUGAAUCUAACCAUGUAUUUAGAUUUUUUAUUUGUGGACCCCGUUAUCAAAUUGGUUCAUAUUGAGGUCAAAAGGGUCCAAAAUUAAACUUUGUUUGAUUUCAUCUAAAAUUGAAUUAUUGGGGUUCUUUGAUAUUCCAAAUCUAACCGUGUAUUUAGAUUCUUAAUUUUGGGUCCUUUUUUUUAAAUUGGUCUACAUUAAGGUCCAAAGGGUCCAAAAUUAAACUUAGUUUAAUUUUAACAAAAAUUGAAUUCUUGGGGUUCUUUGAUAUGCCGAAUCUAAACAUGUGUUUAGAUUUUUGAUUAUGGGCCCAGUUUUCAAGUUGGUCCAAGAUAGGGUCCAGUAUUUAAACUUUGUUUGAUUUCAACAAAAAUUGAAUAUAUGGGGUUCUUUGAUAUGCUGAAUCUAAACAUGUAUUUAGAUUUUUGAUUAUGGGCCCAGUUUUCAAGUUGGUCCAAGUUGGGGUCCAAAAUUAAACUUUUUUUUCUUUCAACAAAAAUUGAAUAUAUGGGGUUCUUUGAUAUGCUGAAUCUAACCAUGAAUUUAGAUUUUUUAUUUAUGGGCCCCGCUAUCAAAUUGGUUCAUAUUGAGGUCAAAAGGGUCCAAAAUUAAACUUUGUUUGAUUUCAUCAAAAAUUGAAUUAUUGGGGUUCUUUGAUAUUCCAAAUCUAACCGUGUAUUUAGAUUUUUGAUUUUAAGUCCUGUUUUUUAAAUUGGUCUACAUUAAGGUCCAAAGGGUCCAAAAUUAAACUUAGUUUGAUUUUAGCAAAAAUUGAAUUCUUGGGGUUCUUUGAUAUGCUGAAUCUAAACAUGUGUUUAGAUUUUUGAUUAUGGGCCCAGUUUUCAAGUUUGUCCAAGUUGGGGUCCAAAAUUAAACUUUUUUUUAUUUCAACAAAAAUUGAAUAUAUGGGGUUCUUUGAUAUGCUGAAUCUAACCAUGAAUUUAGAUUUUUUAUUUGUGGGCCCCGCUAUCAAAUUGGUUCAUAUUGAGGUCAAAAGGGUCCAAAAUUAAACUUUGUUUGAUUUCAUCAAAAAUUGAAUUCUUGGGGUUCUUUGAUAUGCUGAAUCUAACCAUGUAUUUAGAUUUUGGAUAUUGGACCA